CAUUCAUUACCUGCGCACUUAUAUAUAAAGAAGAUUGCUUGUCUGCUUCCGGAGACCAUACAAGAUAACUGCAUUUUAUUGUCUUACAUUAUGUCUGGAAAAGGUGAGAUUCUUGUUGGAGAAUAUUUGUUCCAACGCCUGCUCGAAUUGGGUGUCAAGUCUAUCCUUGGUGUGCCCGGUGACUUUAACUUGGCACUGCUUGACCUAAUUGAGAAGAUUGGCGACGAUUCUUUCCGCUGGGUCGGUAACACCAAUGAAUUGAACGGAGCUUACGCUGCUGACGGUUAUGCCCGUGUGAAGGGAAUUUCAGCCAUUGUUACUACUUUCGGUGUCGGUGAACUUUCUGCCAUCAACGGUCUUGCUGGUGCUUAUGCCGAGCACGUUCCAGUCGUUCACAUUGUUGGUAUGCCCUCAACCAAGUCUCAAGCUUCUGGCGCUUUGUUGCAUCACACGCUUGGUAACGGGGAUUUUACCGUGUUCAUGGAAAUGAGCGAGAAGGUCUCGGCCUACACCGUCAUGCUCACAGACGGCGAAACUGCCGCCGACAAGAUUGACAAGGCCUUAUCCAUCAGCUACCGCAAAGCCAGACCCGUGUACAUCGGUAUUCCCAGCGACGUCGGUUACUUUAAGACCAGCUCGGCCGGCUUAAAAAAGCCCCUUCAGCUGGAGGAACCUGCCAACGAUCCUAAGAUCGAGGAGGAGGUCGUUCACACCAUCGUCCAAAUGAUUAAUGCUUCCAAGAAGCCUGUUAUUUUGGCCGAUGCUUGUGUUACUCGUCACCGUGUGAUCAAGGAGUUGCACGAGCUCAUUAACUUGACACAUUUCCCCACAUACGUUACUCCUAUGGGUAAGUCCUCAGUCGAUGAGGUCUCCGAAUGGUUUGACGGUGUAUACGUUGGCUCCAUCAGUGACCCUGCUGUCAAGGAUCGCAUCGAGUCGAGCGAUUUGAUUCUUUCUGUGGGUGGUCUUAAGUCUGACUUUAACACGGGCUCUUUCUCCUAUCAUAUCAGCCAGAAGAAUACCAUCGAGUUCCACUCGGACCAUACGAAGAUUCGUUAUGCCCUGUACCCUGGAAUUUCCAUGAAAUAUUUGCUGCGUCGUGUCAUCUCUUCCCUUGACGCCAAGGCUAUGCGGGCUAAGGCUGCCAAGGCCAUUGGCUUCCAUGUGAAGCCUGUCCAUGCUGAGGGUUUCCCCAAGGACUCCAUUACCCACCAAUGGUUCUGGCCCAAGUUCAGCGAGUUCUUGAUUCCUCGCGAUGUCGUCGUCACCGAGACUGGUACUGCCAACUUUGGUGUCCUUGACGUUCGUUUCCCGCACAACGUUACUGCCAUCAGCCAAGUUCUUUGGGGUUCCAUUGGUUACUCCGUUGGUGCAGCCUUUGGUGCAGCUUUGGGUGUUUACGACUCUGCAGAGCCUGAUCGCCGUACCAUCCUCGUUGUCGGUGACGGUUCUUUGCAAUUGACGCUUACGGAAAUUUCUACGUUCAUUCGUCAAGGCUUGAAGCCCAUCAUUUUCAUUCUCAACAACAACGGUUACACAAUUGAGCGUUUGAUUCAUGGUUUGCAUGCCGUUUACAACGAGAUUAACACAAAGUGGGGCUAUCAAGAGCUCCUCAAGUUUUUCGGUGCCGAUCAAUCGCGUACAUACAAGGUUCAAACACCCUCCGACGUUGAGAAGUUGUUCAAGGAUAAGCAAUUCGCCUCUGCCGACGUGAUCCAACUCGUUGAGGUUGUUAUGCCCACCUUCGACGCACCACGUAUUCUCGUUGAGCAAGCCAAGCUUACUGCCAAGAUCAACAAGCAGUAGGGAGAUGGAAGAUGAGUAUGAAUUAACGACCUAGGAGACAAUUGUGCAUCUAUUGAUUGCACAUGGCUGCUUCAUUGUUUUGUUUCUCUACGUGUACGGUCGGCCAUUGUCGGCUCUUAUGAAUGAUUUUAUUAUGUGUCAUCUCUACGAACCAUUGGAAUUGCAUAUAUUCACA